AUGUUGUCUGCACCCUAUAGACAGGACAUGCCCCCGGCCGGGGGGUUCGAGGCGAUCAAGUACAAGCGCAACCUGCCGUUGAGGGGACCUGGAGCGUAUGUUAUUCUUGGGAGCGUGACGGGUAUUUGUGCGUAUGGGUUUUAUCGACUUGGGAAAGGUAAUCUGGAACGUCGCGAGCUUGAACGCGAGAAGGUGUGGUCGCGGAUACACCUUGUGCCUGUGCUGAUGGCUGAGCGGGACCGCGACAACUAUCGACGCGAGCAGGCGUCGAUUGCACGAGAGAGAGAGAUCAUGAAGGACGUGGCGGGCUGGGAGGCGGGGAAGAGUGUGUACAACAGCUCCAAGUACCACGAGUCGGAGAUUGUGUUUGCGUAG